AAAGCAAUAUUGUCUGACAUGACAGCAAAAAAUGUUGGUGUGACUUCCACAAAUGGAGACUUGAAGGGAUUUAUAGAUCAGAACCAGAGUCCAACAAAAGGUAAUAUUUCAAUAAUCACAUUACCGGUUUCCAGCACCAACUCCCCAACUAAGAUUUUGCCAAAAACUUUAGGACCAAUCAAUGUCAAUGUUGGACCCCAAAUGAUCAUAAGUACAUCACAAAGACUGACCAAUUCAGGGAGUGUUCUGAUUGGGAAUCCAUAUAACCCAGCUCCAACAAUGGUCACACAGGCACACAUAAUGGAAACUUCUGGCUGGGUCCCAGGGGACAAAAAGCGGGCUCGAGAAUUUAUAGAAUCAGAUUUCUCAGAAACUAAGAGGAGCAAAAAAGGAGAUAAAAAUGGAAAGGGUCUGAGGCAUUUUUCAAUGAAAGUCUGUGAAAAAGUUCAGCUUAAAGGAACAACUUCAUACAAUGAAGUCGCUGAUGAACUGGUGUCAGAAUUCACAAACAGCCAUCUAGCUACAGAUUCGCAAGCUUAUGAUCAGAAGAAUAUUAGACGGAGAGUUUACGAUGCCCUUAAUGUCCUGAUGGCAAUGAACAUCAUUUCCAAGGAGAAGAAGGAAAUUAGAUGGAUUGGCCUUCCUACAAACUCAGCUCAGGAGUGUCAGAAUCUAGAGAUAGAAAAACAGAAGCGGAUUGAAAGGAUAAAACAGAAGCGAGCCCAACUACAAGAACUGCUGCUGCAGCAAAUAGCAUUCAAAAACUUGGUACAAAGAAAUCAGCAAAAUGAACAACAAAAUCAAGGUGCCCCAGCUUUGAACUCAACAAUACAGCUGCCUUUCUUAAUAGUCAACACUAGCAAAAGAACAGUUAUAGACUGCAGCAUAUCAAGUGAUAAAUUUGAAUACCUCUUUAACUUCGAUAACACUUUUGAGAUUCAUGACGACAGUGAGGUGCUGAAGAGAAUGGGAAUGUCCUUUGGGCUUGAGGUGGGCAAAUGCUCGGCUGAGGACCUAAGAACUGCAAAAUCACUAGUGCCAAAAGCCUUGGAAGGCUACAUCACAGAUAUGUCUGCAGAGUUUUCGUGGAUAAAUGAAGGGUUACUUUCAAGUUCAGCACAAGCAGUUUCACAUUUAGACGUAGCAGGAGAUGCUUCUGAUGCUAACUCAAGUGAGAAUCCAGGGCUGUGUUUGGAUGCUGAAGUGGCCUUAGCAACUGGGCAGUUUCGUGCCCCUAGUAAUCAACAGUCCAGCAGCGCAACGUCACGCUACUCUGAAUCACGGGGGGAAACUCCAUGCUCGUUCAAUGAUGAAGAUGAAGAGGAUGAAGAUGAAGAUUCUUCCUCCCCAGAAUAA